AUGACGGUAGAAUACGGGUAUUUAUGUGUUGAUACUGCUGACGCAGGCACGACCGCAAAACAAAAGCUGUAUAUACCACAUACGUUCGAUAAAAUUCAUCUCACUCCUUCGAGACCAAAAUUCACCAUCAUUGGUAAACUAAGUGAGAUACUCGACUGGAUGAAACACAAUAAGAAUGUUGUGGUCGAAUAUGAUCAAGAAUUUGAUUUCUCCUUACUCCGAACGAGAAGAAAUCACUCUCAGAAGAUAGCUCCUUUAGAACUACCAAUGAUCCUAUUCAAUCUUUACAACAUUACGGAAGACCAUCAUCACCAUGUCUCACGUAGUAUUAAAAAAUUCAUUUUUGGAAACAAGAGGGAUAGUGCUUCGACGAUAAUGUGUCUGGAAAUACAUUCGGUCCGUGACGUCGAUGGAACACAACAAAAAAACCGUGUUUGGCAUGACACCUUCAAAAGUGGCACGAAAUUCAAGAAAAUAUUACUCUCGUGGACCGAGGCAUCGUCUCAUAAUGAUGCGGACUUUAAAGCAAAUGAUUUUGAAUAG